AUGCACCAGAGGUAGGAAGUACAGGAAGGAAGCAUUGGUAUUGCUCGGGAGGAGAGAAAGAAGGAAAUGCUUGCAAGCAAACAAGUGAAGCAGACAUCAGAGAGUGAGGUGUCCUAUGGGAGUCUACCUGUGAAGUGCUCUGAUGAUUGGCAGGCAAUAGAGAGCUGCAUGUUUAUCUGAUGCGCCUAUAUACAAAAAGACUUCUAGUAAGACUUCAGUAAGGUGAGAGAGCCGGCUGCUGUAGGCUGAGGCCUCAAAGUGAAAUGGAGAAUUCGUCCAUGAGUGAGGAGGAGGGUGGGCCGGCUUCAGGCAUGAUAGUGGGUGAGGAAGACACCAGUGCCCAGGAUAUACUGCUGAGGGAGGCUGCCGGGCUGCUGCUGGAAGCAGGGUACACCGGACCCUUGUCUAAUGAGGACUUGCUACGGAAUUCCUGUGAGUUAGGGGCUGCGUGCCAGCUGUUUACAUCACUCUGCGUGUGGCUGGUGUCCGAGCUGAAGUCUGCCUCCACCCUGGUGGAAAACGUCAGCCCUACUGAGGGGCCAGACGAUUCUGACACCUUCCAACUGGAAAUCAGCGGUGUGGUGAGCGAGUUACACUGUCCUUAUACCUCACUCACCUCAGGGAACGUCACCUCCAGACUACGUAGCCUCAAAAACUGCCUACAACUCAUUGUGUUCCUGACCACAGAGCUGGAGGCGGCUCGGAUCCUGAAUCGCCGCAACCUUUCCACUCCUGAGCCUGCAGAACACAAUAAAGAUGCUCUGCGUGAGCUACAGCUCCUCAGGAAAGCUCUGGAUUUGCCUGAGGUUUCUAAGGAAGUCCCUGUAGCUGAGUUCAUGAGGGAAUUGGAGGACAAGGUAACCGAGCUUUGUGCUUCAGUUCCGGUGUCUCCGCCUCUGCUGAAAGCUCAGCUGCAACCUGAACAGUGGGAAACCUUGAAGGCGUUACAUUGCUCCAUGCUGGGGGAGUAUGAAUGUAGAAUGAGGAUGCUGGUCACACGCUUCAACGUGACUGUGCAGUCAUUCCACUGGUCUGAGAGAGCUAAGGUACAGGGGGCCUCCAUGAAUGAAGUGUUACGACCACUCCGACAGUCACUCACAACAGAGUCUCUGAUCACAAUCCCUCACUUAUUGGCCGUGCGAGAGGACUAUUCCCGUAUCCUGCACACCUGCAAUGCCACAUUCUGCCAGAAAACCCGCAGCUCCAUCCAGAAGGUGCUCAUGAUUGGCUCUGUGCCUGACCGCGGUGGACGACCCAAUGAAAUUGAGCCUCCCAUGCCUUCAUGGGAGAAAAGGAAGGAAGGGGGGGGUGGCAGGGGAGGCCAACACUGGGGCAAAAGGAACAAGAGAAAGAGGAAUUGAGGGGCAGAUGAAGUCUCCACAUCUGCAGUCUUUCUGAGACUGUUGUAUUGCUGUUUUGUUUAAUUGGGAGGAUUUUAAAUGCAUGGUGCCCAGAUGUGAUUUUUAGGGACCUCUAUGUAGAUGGCCAUCUGUCCUGGCCUUCAGACUAAAUAGGUGUAAUAAUAAGCUUCUGUUGACCUUAUGCCACAGAAGGUAAUUAGUAUCCUAAUUCACAUGGCAUUAAAAUGACAAUACUGACUAGCUCAGUACUCCAUAGUCUACAUCACAGGUUCUCAAAGUCAGUCCUCAGGACCCCACACAGUCAUACUUGCCUACCUGA